AGCCUGUGUUAUAUAUACUUUUAUAGCGAGUUUUGCGUGUUUAAAAAAAUUGCCAAGUUAAAAACAAUGACUGAAGAAUAACAGUUAAACGGUUAAAAUCAUAGACAUACAAUACAUGGACUACAAGUAGAGUAAACAAUUGCACUAGUACUCGAGACGCCAUAUUCUGGGAUAUGAAAGCUCCUUUUAUUUAAUAUGAUAUUGGGUUUUAUAGCACAUAUAUGAAAGCUUCGAGUAUAUCUAUAUAGAAUAUAUAAUACGUAUUAUGCUUCAUCAUCAUAGAUGUUCUAUGUUCCAUCAUUUAACGUCUAUUACAUUUAAGCAUGAGAAAAUUGAAAGUUUUUAAUAAAUCAAGAUUUAUAAACACGCCACUGAAUUCGAUUUAUAAUAAAAUUAUAGUGCAUUGAAACAGAACAAUAGACCGUUUUGGUAUAAAAUAAGAGUGCGUCACUUAAAACUAGUACCAUUUCGUGGUAGGCACCAUGACCGACAACAACAUAACCAAUAUAGUUUCAUGUUUUAUCCAGACACCAGGAGAUUCUAGUGUCGAUGUGUUCGAAUAUAGUACGAACAUUCUAAGUAAAAUGAAUGCUUGUUUUUCGGCAUUUGAUAGAGAUGGUGAUGGACUUUUAAACUUGGAUGAAUUUCGUACAAUUUGUAGAGCAUUAUUUCGAAACGAGAAAGGUGAAAUUUAUGAAUUAGAAGAAUCAAAAUUGAAGCAAAUAUUUGAUGUUUUUGAUAAAAAUCACGACGAUUUCAUUGAUCGUGAAGAAUUUGCUUUUUGCUGGAACCAUUGGAUAAAAGUUAUUGUUCACCCAGUAUCAGUCUUUUUAAUUGUGGAUGUACAAAAUGAUUUUAUAUCAGGAACAUUAAACAUAAGCAAAUGUUCAGCACAACAGAAUGGUUUCGAAGUUAUUGAACCAAUCAAUCAUUUAUUAGAAACAGUUGAAUUCGAUGCAGUAUUUUUUUCGUUAGAUUGGCAUCCAAGUGAUCAUGUCUCAUUCAUUGAUAAUGUUACAAAACGUGAAUUGGAUCCCUCCAGUCCAGUGACAGCUGAAAAUGCUAAAGUAUAUGAUACGGUUAUUUUUGCUGGUGAUCCUCCAAUGAAACAACGAUUAUGGCCGAAGCACUGUGUACAAGAUACCUGGGGCUCUGAAUUACAUGAAGAUUUAAAGGUUGUGGAAAAUGCCGUAAAAGUUUACAAAGGCACAAAUCCUGAAGUUGACUCAUAUUCAGUGUUUUGGGAUAAUAAAAAAUUAACGGAUACCACAUUAUGUGCGCAAUUACGUUUAAAAAAUGCAACAGACAUUUAUAUUUGUGGUCUUGCGUAUGACGUGUGUGUUGGUGCAACAGCAGUGGAUGCGUUGGCAAUUGGAUAUCGAACCAUUCUACUCGAUGAUUGUAGUCGAGGUGUCGAUUUACUAGACAUCGAAAAAACAAAAAAUACAGUUAUUAAAAAUAAUGGCGUUAUUGUACAUUCCAGUGAGGUGAAAGCAAUGGUUGAAGGACGUGAUAGACGUAAAGAGUUAGGUUAUAAGUUGGCAAUGGAAUUAAAAAUGGCUGUAGAAGCCAUAUCGUCAAAAGAACAAAAUGAUACAUAAAUUCAUUAUUUUUAAUUUUUGCCAGCAUUAUAAGUUUUGUAAAGUUAUUAUAUGAUCGUAUAUUGUUUUAGAUAAA